AUCUGACCAAAUGCGCACAAGAGUCCUGGGAUCCGAGUUUUUCAUUUACCCCCAUCAAAAUACAUUUUAUCACUCAGCACUGCCAGAUUAACUCCAAUAAGCCACCGUCUGCACGGCUGACAUGAUAUGAAGACAGUCAUCAGCCAGGCUUUUUUGCUGUGAGCAAACAAUGAGAGAGAGCCCGAGGAGACCCAUCAUCCUGAAGAGGAGGAAGCUGCCAUUUCAGAAGAGUGAAUCUGAUGUAGGGUGCGAUGAGGCAGAUGGGCCACGCUGCAAGACCACCCCGACCCCGUCCACCACUCGCUGCUUUCCCGAUGGCAUCCGGAUGAUGGACCACCCCACCAUGCCGGACACUCAGGUGGUGGUGAUCCCGAAAGCAGCCGAUCUGCAGAGUGUCAUCAGCGCCCUGACGGCCAAAGGGAAGGAGUGCGGCCCUCAGGGCCGGAACAAGUUCAUCCUGCUCAGUGGCAGCACCAGUAUGGAGGAGAGCAAAACCAUUGGCUGUUUAUCUACAGAACCUAAGAAUGAUCUGGAGAAAGUGAAAAAGGAGACGGAGUGCUUCCCGCUUGAUGACAGUCUGACGAACAUCCAGUGGCUGGGAAAAAUGAGCUCAGAUGGGCUCGGAUCGGACUCAAACCAAAAAUGCGCCAGCAAGGACAAUCCAACUGACUGUCCGCAGCAGCCCAAAGCUCCAGAAAAGGAGAAGGACCCUCAGUCCGAGAGACCCCCAUAUUCCUACAUGGCUAUGAUCCAGUUUGCUAUCAACAGCAAGAAGAACCGACACAUGACCCUGAAGGAAAUUUACAAUUGGAUUGAAGACCAUUUUCCGUAUUUUAGAAAUGUUGCCAAACCUGGAUGGAAGAAUUCCAUACGUCAUAAUCUCUCACUGCAUGACAUGUUCGUCCGGGAGACAUCUCCCGAUGGCAAGAUCUCCUAUUGGACGAUUCGACCAGAAGCAAACCGCUGUCUCACUUUAGACCAGGUCUACAAGCCUUUGGUUGAUCCAGUGACUCCCACUUGCCCUCAGAUCCCCCAAGUCGGUUUCAAUCAACAACAGAAGAGAGGUCCUCCAGAGCUGAAGAAACCCAUACCUGCCACAGGCAGCACAGAGAGGAAGAUGAAGCCGCUUCUCCCUCGGACUGACUCGUACCUGGUACCCAUCCAGCUUCCUCUUGGUCAGUCGAUCUUCCUGCCCACAUCCAGUCCUGCAUCUCUCGCCACUCCUCCACAAACUCAGAGCUCUUCCACUCCCAGCUCCAGCGGUGCGAGCAAGAGAGUCCGGAUUGCCCCUAAGGUCUCACAGAGUGACGUGAGCUCGGUGGUGCUGUGUGCGUCCGACAUAAAGGAGGAGCCUGUGAGCAUGUCUGUGUCUCCUGAGGCACCCGAGCCUCCACCCCCCAAAGCCAGAAGGCGAGAAAACAGCAGCUCCCGCCGCAAACAGCGUCUAGUCCUGCCAGCCGCCGAGGAGCCUGUCCUGCUCUACCCCGACAGCACUCUCUUCGACUCGGGCGUGGUCUCCGACGUCUCCACCUUCCAAGACACUCACGAUCCGGAGCCCCAGCCCUCCUGUAAAGCCGACAGCCCGAACAGAGAAUACACUUUUAAAACGCCCAUCAAGAGCAGCCACCCCUCCUCAUCCACACCUAGUAAGCUUCCCACAGUUCUGGAGCCCUGGAGGAUCACUCCCGUCGGAAAGGGAGCAGUGCUGGACUUCAGCCCCAUCCGUACACCCAGCGGGCCACAGCUCACCCCGCAACGGCACGAACACACACCUCUCAGCUUCACCAGCACGCCUUUCAAAGAGCUCCCGCUCUUCAGCUCCCCUCGAGAGCUGCUCACCUGCUCCAGACCCUCUCCGAGACGCUCCACACCGACGUGCUCCAGAGAGCUGCUGCAAGCAGGCGCCGCCAACCGCUCUCUCACCGAAGGGCUCGUUCUGGAUACCAUGAACGACAGCCUGAGUAAAAUCCUAGUGGAUAUCAGCUUCCCCAACCUGGAGGAUGAUGAACUCGGCAUAGCAAACAUCAGCUGGUCCCAGUUAAUCCCGGAGCUCAAGUGACUCCUUUUUCUUUUUCCAAGCUGCUUAUACUUCCUUCUUAUUUACUUGCAAUUGAUCUCUUAAGUAUUUUCUUAAUUUCUAUUGCUAUUUCACUGCCUUUUACUGUACAUGUUUGUGUUUUGAAUGUGUAGGCCUUUAUUUGCGCGCAAAACUGUUAGUGACGAAUGUACUUAGAUAAGAAUAAUUUGCACAAGUUGUAAUAUAUAAAUAUGAGUGUGUGUGUGUGUGAGAGAGAGAGAGAGAGUGAGUGAGUGUGUGUGUGUGUGUGUGUGUGUGUGUAUUAUAAGUGGAUAUAAAGAUUUAGCAGAUUAAUUAAUUUACACUACCCAGUUUUACAGUAUUUCUUUGUUUUGGAAGAAUAUUGAACUCCUUGGAUUACCCAGAUAUACUUACGGUAAAAAUAGCACAAAAAAGAUUUUUAAGAGAAUGUGGGGUGUAAAAUAAAGUCACAUUCUAAUUAAAUGGAUAGUUCACCCAAAAAUGAACAUUUUCUUAUUUACUCAUCCACCACUUGUUCUAUGUUUUGAAGAGUCUUCUUUUAUGCUCAACUUAAGGAAGAAACUCCUACACGUUUGAAACAACUUGAGGAUGAGUAAAUGAUAGAAUUUUUCACUUUUGGGUGGACGGUCCCUUUAAAGAUUGUUCGUUAAUUGCAGAUGGUCAUGUAAGUGUUACGCUGUUCUAGAAUUAGCCAGUCAUUCAUCUGGAGUGUAUCGAGCUGUUUAUAACAUCCCAUAAUGUGUGUUUCCAUGGUUACAAGCAUGUCAGAAUAGUGAGUCAUCUCUGCUGCUGCUUUUUUGCAUUCAUGUGUUUUUGCUAUUAGGAAUGAUUUAAGACCGUGUUCUGGGUGUUGGAUAUGACCAAGAUGAGCAUUCAAAGAGAUUUGUGGUUUAGUACAAAGCUUUUAAUGUUCAUUUGCAAAUGUAGAGUGAUUAUAGUGAGCAUGCACAGAGUUCAUAUAUGCUUAGAAGAUAACCAUCAGAAUGUAGCGGUGUUAAGUCAUAAUGCAUUGUAUUGUAUUCUUUCAGUAAAAAACAGCUAAAUGUCAUAAAAAUGGACAAAAACUACACGGUUGACAGAUGCAUGGUGUUAAGGUGUUAUAUGAGCAUUAGAAAUUAAGUACUAUUUACUAAUAAUAGUGCAUUG